AAUUCUCCACAUGCUUAAUUCCAUUCAAUUCCGGGUCACCAACAAUCGUACUACUUUUUCUUUACUGCUGCCCCUGCCCGCUCUUCCUCCUCCAUUCUUUUCACAUGCCGAAUCUUCCCUCCACUGCCCUUACCCUUUCCCUACUUCUUCUCUCCUCUCCUCUUCUCUCCCCCACAUUCCUCCUCCUUCGCCUAUUCUCCAUCCGCUUCGCUUCUCCUCUUGCCGCCGUUUCUGUUCCUCCACCAUGCCUUCCGGCGACUUCAUCAUCUCUCCUUUUGAGCUCGCUUCCGAGUUCGACUUCGAUCGCGUCGUCUCCUCCGACGGACUCGUCUCCAUCUGCGGCUUCGGUUCCCUCCUCUCAGAGAGGAGUGCUCGAAGUACGUUUCCCGAUCUGAUAAAUUUCAGAGUUGCCAAAUUGAGUGGAUUCCGUAGGGUUUUCGCACACGUAGCGCCUAUCUUCUUCGAGCGUGCCAUUGCUCGACCUGACACCAAGGAAAUAUCAAGCUUGAGUGUGGAGCAUUGUGAAGGCGAAACCCUCAUAAUUUCUAAAUUUGAAAUUCCAAAAUCAGAGAUUCCAGCCUUUAUAGAAAGGGAGCAUGAAUUUCGGUUUCUUGCUGUCACUCCUGAAACAUUGAAUGGAUUAUUUUACACAAAUCCUGCGGUACUGUGUGCACGUUAUACUGAUGAGGAGUAUUUGAAGAAUAGAUGUAAAGGAGACCGAGAGAUCUACUUUCAGAGAUAUGGGAAAUAUAACAUCGACAAGAUUUGGCGAGAUGAUAUUUUACCCUGCCGUGUUUAUCUACGCCAUUGUGUUCUGGCAGCAGCAAAUCUUGGUGAGGUGGCAAACAAUAAUUUUCUAGAUCACACAUACCUCGGAGAUCGGAAAACAACCAUCCGUGAGUAUCUUGCAACAACUGGUUCCGGCAUCAUGGAAGAGGAGCCACCCGAAGUUUUAAAAGAGAGAUAUGGCGGUUAAGAUGGUGUGCCCUGAGAUAGUGUUCGUUGACUACCGAUUCGUUAAUUCAACUGCCAGUUAAAAUAUGGAAUAUCUAUUUUAGCUCUUAAGAUGGAUCUUCGUUUCUUCUUUUGAUUCCACUCUAGUAUCUAGCUGUAAUCAAUAUUAGUACUAAUUAAUGUUUCCAGAUUCAGCUGUGGUUAUGUGACAAUCUUUGUAGCUGGCCAAGCUGAAUGUCGGAGAAUGCUAUACUUAUAUAUAGUACAAAGUAGUAGUUAAAAUCGUAUGUUUCAUAAAUAAUGUCUCUAGUGUGUAACCUCUGGCUCUGAGAGGGUUUUUGCUGGCAGUUGUAACAUGCCAUGGCGCCCUAUUCAGUGAGUUUGGGAUAACUAUUUCCUAUAUCUCAUUUCUUGUAAAAAAAAAAAAAAAGUUCUAUAAAAUGUGUUUGAUGGUGUGCUUUUCUUA